CGCGGGAAGGGCCCAGGGCCUCACCCUGCCAGUCGCGGGAGCUGCGGGGCUUCCCGGGAGAGACGCUGCACGUGCAGCCCGCGCCGCUGCUGCUCUCAGUUGCCUCUGGAGCGCGUGCAGGGGCGACUGCCGAUUCCGGAGCGGGACUGAGCUUUUGAAAUACUUCAACCAUGACCAAAAGAGAAGCUGAGGAGUUGAUAGAAAUUGAGAUUGAUGGAACAGAGAAAUCAGAGUGCACAGAAGAAAGCAUUGUAGAACAAACCUACACACCAGCUGAAUGUGUAAGCCAGGCCAUAGAUAUCAAUGAGCCAAUAGGCAAUUUAAAGAAACUACUAGAACCAAGACUGCAGUGUUCUUUAGAUGCUCAUGAAAUUUGCCUGCAAGAUAUCCAGUUGGAUCCAGAACGAAGUUUGUUUGACCAAGGGGUAAAAACAGAUGGAACUGUACAACUUAGUGUGCAGGUUAUUUCUUACCAAGGAAUUGAGCCUAAGCUAAACAUCCUUGAAAUUGUUAAACCUGCGGAAACAGUUGAAGUAGUUAUUGAUCCAGAUGCCCACCAUGCAGAAGCAGAAGCACAUCUUGUUGAGGAAGCUCAAGUGAUAACUCUUGAUGGCACCAAACACAUUACAGCUAUGACAGAUGAAACCUCAGAACAAGUGACAAGAUGGGCUGCUGCAUUAGAAGGUUAUAGGAAAGAGCAAGAACGCCUUGGGAUACCUUAUGAUCCUAUACAGUGGUCUACAGACCAAGUCCUGCAUUGGGUGGUUUGGGUAAUGAAGGAAUUCAACAUGAGUGAUAUAGACCUAACCACACUCAACAUUUCCGGAAGAGAAUUAUGUAGUCUCAAUCAAGAAGAUUUUUUUCAGCGGGUCCCUCGGGGAGAAAUUCUCUGGAGUCAUCUGGAACUUCUUCGAAAAUAUGUAUUGGCAAGCCAAGAGCAACAGAUGAAUGAGAUAGUUACAAUUGAUCAACCUGUGCAAAUUAUUCCAGCAUCAGUGCAGACUGCUACACCAACUACCAUUAAAGUUAUAAAUAGUAGUGCAAAGGCAGCUAAAGUACAAAGAGCUCCAAGGAUCUCGGGAGAAGAUAGAAGUUCACCUGGUAACAGAACAGGAAACAAUGGGCAAAUCCAACUGUGGCAGUUUUUGCUAGAACUUCUUACAGACAAGGAUGCUCGAGACUGCAUUUCCUGGGUUGGUGAUGAAGGCGAGUUUAAGCUAAAUCAGCCUGAACUGGUUGCACAAAAAUGGGGGCAACGUAAAAAUAAACCUACAAUGAACUAUGAGAAACUCAGUCGUGCAUUAAGGUAUUAUUAUGAUGGGGACAUGAUUUGUAAAGUUCAAGGCAAGAGAUUUGUAUACAAGUUUGUCUGUGACUUGAAGACUCUUAUUGGAUACAGUGCAGCAGAGUUGAACCGUUUGGUCACAGAAUGUGAACAGAAGAAACUUGCAAAGAUGCAGCUCCAUGGCAUUGCCCAGCCAGUCACAGCAGUAGCCCUGGCUACUGCUUCUCUGCAAACAGAAAAGGAUAAUUGAAACCAGGAUGUUCUGGUAGUCUUAUGUCUUUCUUAAAUAUUAGAGCAAGUAUUGCUCUUACCUUUAUUAUUGAAUUUGAAUCUUCUUUUAUUUCUAGACUGUACAAUCUGAUGCAUGAUUUUUUUAUAAAUAUUUCAUACUCUUGUGAAUUGGAUCUUUUUACUUUGAGCAUAUAUUUUAGAAUAUGUGUAUGUUAAAGGAUCACCACAAUGUCUUCAGUGUGAAGUCAGGCUCACUGUGGGACAGUUUAACAGUCAGGAAAAAGCUAAACUGGUCAGUAUUAAUGUCUAGCCCUACCAAAAAUAGCCACUAGCAUCUGAGGAUGAAAAUAAUUGAAGUAUCUCCAGGAAACAGUUAGGCUUAACUAUUUUUGAAAAUAUAACUGUUUCUCCCCUCUGCUGCUUUAGAUGUUGCUUUACAUAGAACCAGAAAAUGGAGGUUUUCAUAGCUAAAGCAUGUGUGCCUGUUUCAUCUAAUCAAGCAGAGCUACAAUAUUCAUAUCGAAUAAAAUUAUAAUAAUAAAUUACUAAACUAAGUAUCAAGUAAUUAAAAUAGCUUAUAUAUUUGGAAGUAAAGGAGAAUAAGUCAACUGGCAGAAGAGCAGUACUGAAGGAAGAGAUCCAGGUUUAAAUCUGGCUUAACUCAGGCCAAUUUUAAGGAUUUUCUUUAUAGAUUACUUGUAAUGUCAGGCCAAGAAUUUAAAUUAUUUUAAGAGAGGCAUUUAAUUUUAAUAAACCAGCUAUUAGAAAAAUCUGAAAUGAUCGCUGUUUUUCGUGUCAGAGAUUUAAAAACUGAAAAGGUAUAUAUACUUCAGACAGAAAAUAAAAUUUGGUUUAGUUUGGAUUCCCUUUUUUUUUAAAUUACCUUAUAUAACAUGAAGACUUUAACUGAGUCAACAAUACUUUACCUUUUAAGACAUUAGUAAUUAGUAAAUUACUUGCAAAUAGUAUUAAAAGGAAAUUUUGACCUCCAAUAUAAGCAGUCUUGUCUUAAAAUUUCCAUUAAAUUUUUUCCUUUUGAGUAUUAUAUGUGUGUGAGUAUACAUAUAAAUACAUGCCCAAUUGACCAUUAUAUAUAUGUGUUUAUGCACAUACAUACAUAUGAAGACACAAUGAUAUUCAAAAAGGUUUCAAAAGGUAGUAAAUCAUUAAAAUUUCUUAAAGACUUAAAUGAUUCUUGCACAUAUGAAACUCUUCACUUCCCACAAGCCAUCACUAAACAGAAAUGGCUAGAAAUGUCUUUUUGCUUGUCUGCUUGCUCACUUUCCUUUUUUUUUUCUGGUGGUUAAGGUAUUAUGCAUGAAUCAUGAUAUAAGCUACUGGUAAAUAGCUUUUAAUUCUCUUAUGGCAGAAGAUUGGUCCUCACAUAUUAACUUUAUGCACCUUCUCCCUCAUCGUUUCCUUUAAAUCCAUCCCCCCAAACAGCUUUCUAAGAGUUCAGUUAAGGCUUUUGACUAAAGGGCAGAAAAGAGCUAUGGUGAUACAGUCCUGGUGGCACAGUUAGCAGUUGCUGCUACCAGUACUAAAUAGUGGUUUACAAUGAACCAUAGGAGGCAGGGAUAUUAGAAAAAAGAUGGAGAAGAGGAAUCUGUGAUCUUCUUUUCUGAUAACUUCAACUCAUAAUUUUAAGUGCUGUGUUAUAGGACUACAAUUUGUAAUGUCAGUUCAUUUUUAUUACUGUAUUAAGUCCUUUAAGACCCUGAAGUACAUAUCUAAGAAGAAUAAGAUUUUUAACUUCCAUUUUUACCUUUUAUAAACACAGAAUAGACUAGCAGAUUAUUAGCUUAAUUUGGGUGCUGUAAUUGCAAGAAUAAGUAAAAUAGCAAUAUGAAAUAAUACAUAGAAGUUCUAGUUUUACGUAACAGCUAAAAAGAAGGUUUUUGCACGAUCUUAUGGCCUGGGAAGUUGACAAGUCAAAGUUUUAAAAGUAAAAUAUACUCUUCUGAAGUAUUAUGAAGAGGCUGAAAUUCUUGAUUUUUAGAUUUAAAAUGCUUUUGGGGAAACUAUGUUAAGGUGUCUGCCAAGAAGAUAGCCUUCCUUUAUUAUAUGUAUAUAUCUUUUUAAGGCAAAGAACAUCUAUAUUUCCUUUAGAUCACUAAAAUCAAACUAUUUUUUUUCCUCUUCAAGCAUUUCUCAGAUGUUUUUUUUUAAAUCUAUCCAUUUUCUUCAUCUGUUUUUAUUUUAUUCUUCAUUAUAAUCUGAACAGAAACAGUUCUCAUAUGUGAUCAGUUGCUAGUUCUCUUCUUCAUCCCUCCCCUCUCACCUUCAUUUUAUAUGCCAUAACAUAGGUAAAAUAAGAGAACUAAUUUCCCCAGUUCAUUCAAGAAACUUCCAUUACUUUGUCUCAACUUACACAGAAACUAUUUCCACUGUCCUUAUUGAAGUUAACAGUUAUCAGAAAGCCAGGUAGUUGUCUCUUAAUUAUUGAGAGAGAACGUGUUGUGAAAGAAAAAGCAAUUCAUGCUAUUCAUUCUUUGCUCUGUUUGUAUGAAAAGGUUUUCCAUAGGAGAAUUUCUAGUAUAGUUAAAGGACGAAAGGUAAAAUUAUUGGUCAUCUUUUAUACUGUGUACGUACAAAAACAAUGAGAUGUUCAUUUUUGUUUUAAAACUUGUUUUCCACAUGAGGGUCUCACUGAACCCAUUUUUAUAUGUAUCUUGCUGGCCUGAAGUUUUGAAGUUUAUGUUGGCAUCAGAAAAUCAAACAAAUUAGGCAGAAUUACUUUAUGUGGUUGAUUUUCAUAUGGAUCAACUCAUCACAUUAAUUUCUUGUAUCAGUGAGGAAAAAUUAGUUGUUUUUCCCCAAUUAAUGGUGAAACUCAAGUAUGAUGUUUCUUUUAAAGGAUUCUGCCUCCAAAAUACUUUUGGUGAGGUCUUCCAUUUUCAUUAUUUUGUGCUACUGCCUUUUAAAAAAAACUAGCUAUCUUUGAAAUAGCACAGAAAUGCUUCAUAAUUGCAAAACAACCUCUUGACUUAGUGUCUUCAUAUCUAAAGGGUGUAAAAAUACUGAUAUUUCAGUGAUACUUCACUUGCUGCCAGAAAAAAAUAUUCUCAAUCUUUUGUAAAAGGGAGGAGGAUUUUUGCAUACAUUUUUACUCUUUAAAUAAAGACAAUAUACUGUCAUAAUAACAA